AAAUCCAACAAGAUGUUCAAGUUCUUCGCCGUCGCCCUCUUCGCCCUGAUUGCCUGUGUGGCCGCCAAGCCCGGACUCGUGGCUCCUCUGGCCUACUCCGCUCCUUUGGUGGCUGCUGCUCCGGCGGCUGCGGUUUACAGCCGGGAAUACCACGGAAACUUCGCGGCUCCCUACGUCGCAUCUCCCUAUGUGGCUUCUCCCUACGUGGCUUCUCCCUACGUGGCGUCUCCCUAUGUGGCGUCUCCCUACGUGGCAUCUCCUUACGUUGCUGCUCCCUACACCGCUCCUCUGCUGCUGAAGAAGUAG